CUCCCUGUUAGAGAAUAAGCUGAUUGAUUUUUGUAUCUUCAGUGGUUAUCAUAGUGUUUGAGACAAGGUAAUCCAAAAUGAUUCCAUCAUACAAAUAGGCAAACAGAAGUGCAGGAACUAAAUGACCAGGAUCCUAGGCUCAGAGGAUUGUGGAGUAAAAAGGAAAUUUUGUUGAAUCUAUCAUUUUACAAAUGAAGAAAUUUAUACCCAGAGAAGUAAAAGUAGCAAGCCUGGGGGUCAAGAACUCUUCUGAGGAAGUGGAACAACCAGACAUUCCAGCCAAUAAUACAGACAAAGCAAAGGAAGGCAGGAUGGUUCAUGGGACCAUGCUGGCAACAGAUGUUCAGCAGAGAGAAAAUGGGACAGCUGUGAUGGCAGCAUGGGCCAAGCUGGUGGCAGAUGCUCAGGCCAGGAUAAAAGCAACAACCCAAAGAUUUACCUGGGAACAAUCAGAAAGUCUUGAGGAAGUUGCAUAUUUUCCAAAGACAAAGUCCAAUACAGUUGCCUCAGCCCCUCAGAAAUCUCAGAAAGACGAUGUUCCUCCUAUGCCCACCCCUCUACCUCCUCUGCAUACCUUAUCCCGAAAUAAUCUUCAGGCCUGGUGCCAGAGACUCAAUAUCAGUAAAAAUGGCCGGAAGCAUGUUUUAUACAAGAGACUUUUGGAACAUGUGUCACCUUCUGAGCAAGACACUCCCAGCAUAGAAGAAAAGGCCCAGUGGAUAAAAAUCAAAACAGAAACUUCAAUUGAAGAUUCUUCAAGUAAAAGUCAGAUGGUGGCUAAAGCAGCAGAGACAUUGACAAAUAAGAAGAAGAAAAGAGAGGCAACAAAGAAUGCUCUGGUCCAGACAGCCAGCAUGGCAGCAUGGAGCAGACUCAUGGCAACAGUGAAGUCCAAGGCGGUAUGGCCCACACCCACAUCUUCUGAGCCUACUAUGUCCAAACAAUCAGAUUUACCACGAUGGUGUGUAGUACAUGGUGAAGCUUUUCCUAAUGAUGUCUCUGGUUCAGCUUUUUUGGAGUUCCAUGCUGGACAGACCUGGGUGCCUGAAAAUGAUGUAUUGAUUCCUCUCUUGUUAUUGCCUACCUGUUCUUUCCCACCCCCAGAAGUAGAAGACAAUUGGUUGUGCCCCAGAUGUGUUUACAGGAAUAAAAUCCUGGUGGACAAUAUCCUGUAACCACAAAGGAUCAAGGCUACAAGACUGUUUUUGACUUGCUCAAGAUACUGACUUAUAAUUGUGACUUUCCUUCCGUCAACUUAGAUUUUUCUUUCCCAGUUAGUUCUUGGUGCUGCUCCUGUUUCCAUUGGGAAGCAGUUUCCUUCCACCUUUCCUUUCUAUUCUUUAGUAAGAAUAGAAAAGUCCGUACAAGUCAACAAGAUAGGAAGGAUCUGACAUUACAACCAAGUCCACAUAUUACUUGGUUUUGGUCAGCAGCUCAGGACAGAGAAAGGUGGAUAUCUUACAGCCAAAUAAAAUUUAAGUCUCUUCACCUUGACUUGUCUGUCUUCUCCUGUUUUUUUUCUGCUAAACCACCUAGGACUGAAUG